UCCAGGAGGAGAUCCCGGACUACAGAAAUGCUGUGAUCGUGGCCAAAUCUCCAGCUUCUGCCAAAAGGGCUCAGUCGUUUGCAGAGCGUCUGCGUCUCGGCCUCGCUGUGAUUCACGGAGAGGCUCAGGACGCCGAGUCGGACCAGGUGGACGGACGCCACUCCCCCCCCACCGUGAAGACCACCGGGGCCAUACACCCCAGCAUGGACAUCCCACUGUUGAUCCCUAAAGAGAAACCCCCCAUCACGGUGGUGGGAGACGUAGGAGGACGCAUCGCCAUCAUCGUGGAUGACAUCAUCGAUGACGUGGACAGCUUCGUGGCGGCGGCGGAGACGCUGAAGGAGAGAGGAGCCUACAAGAUCUUCGUCAUGGCGACACACGGCAUCCUGUCCUCCGACGCCCCGCGCCUCAUCGAGGAGUCGGCCAUCGACGAGGUGGUCGUCACCAACACGAUCCCCCACGAGCCCCAGAAGCUCCAGUGUUCAAAGAUCAAAACGGUCGACAUCAGCAUGAUCCUGUCGGAGGCCAUCAGGAGGAUCCACAACGGAGAGUCCAUGUCCUAUCUGUUCCGAAACAUAGGAGUGGACGACUGAGACACACACACGGAGAGACAGACACGCACAGACUCACACACCAAACAAAAACACACACACAGAGACACACACACACACACAGAUGCACAGAGACACACACACAUAUAGACACACACACACAGAUGCACAGAGACACACACACAUAGAGACAUACAGGCCAUUUGCCUUUUCAGAUCUGAUCAGAGCUGAAUGUCAAACACUGAAUGAACUCCACACACUUCCUGCUUUUAUCAUAAUAUAAUAAAUGCCAACACUUUUCUUUGAGUGCAGCUAAAAGGGAUAGUUCGGAGGUCUGUAAGUGGGGAUGUAAGGAGAAGUCAUCCAUUAUCAGGUAAUUGUCAAAAACCAGCGGCAGUUUGGAAUCAGGAAUACUAGCAAAGCAAUUUUCUGCAACACUUAUUUUAGCUUACUUUAAGGAAAAACCCAUCCAAAAAAUGAAUAUCAGCCUAACUGUACGCGCUAUUUGGAAUAUAUAUAAUAUAAAUACCUCACCCAACCCCACUUUAAAACACUCUAACUAUCCUUUUUAAUUUAGAAACUCAAUGAACACACACUGAUCCGUGUCCUUAAUGGAUUACUGCCUCUCUAUACACCUCAGUUUUUUACUCUCGUCUCUUUCUGACUCACAUAUCCAUCUCCAUGUGUUUCCAUAGACGUUAGUGUGAUAUCUGUUAGCAGUGAAUGUCUCUUUGCAGUACAGUCUCCUUUACUAACAGCAUCAGAAAGAGUGCCAGUGCCUUCUGCAGGACACACACACACACACACACACACACACACACACACACACACACACACACACACACACACACACACCUUCACACACCUUCACACUCAUAAUUAAUCCAGACAUAAUCAGGUGUUCCAGCUAAUUAACUCUAGCGCAGGGGUGUCAAACUCAAGGCCCGGGGGCCAAAUCCGGCCUGCGACUUCAUUUUAUGUGGCCCCGCAAGAGCUUAAAAAAAAUAUGAUAAGUUUAUUAUACGGUUACAUGCCGCUUUACAGAAGCUCGUUGCCCAUACAUGGAGCACAAUGCAUCUCAAAUUUGACUUUUUUUCCAGAAUUUAACUUUUUUCCUUCAAAAUGUGCCUUUUUUCUCAGAAUUUGACUUUUUUUCUCAGAAUUUGACUUUUCUUUUUAAAUCAUUUUGUGACAUUCUCACUGAAGAGACUUGCAAUUAUUUGCUAGACUUCUGCUUUCAGACGAAGUUAAUUAUGAAGUUAUUACCCUAUCCGAUAAUAAUCCAAUGUAAUACAUUAUUUUAUAUAUAUUACAUUAUUAAAUAUGUAUUUUUUAUAAAGUCUUAAAGUUACAACCGGCCCUUUGAGUGCAACCAUAAUGCGAAUGUGGCCCGCAAUGAAAUUGAGUUUGACACCCCUGCUCUAGCGUAUCAGAGUGCAUGCUGUUUAUGUAUGUGGUGUCUGAAUGUGCCACUGAUAUGAUUAGCUUAGCCUGCUAGCAGCUAACCGUAGCACGUAGAUGCUAACCUGGUGUCAAAUCUCAUUGCUAACUGGAAUUAACACGGGAAAUGUUUUAUUUUAGUGAAUUAUAUCUGUUACAUAUAUCAUUGUGUGCCAUCAUUUGAAUACCUGCUUAUGUUUUAUAUUUAAUGCCACAAAUGAGCAGCUGGAAGUUGAAGAAACGUAGAAAAUAGAGCAUUUUUUAAGCAGUUUUUACGCUCCGGGUAGAAGUGCGAGGUCAUUUGUUCGUGUGAUGAAUCCUAAAGAAUACAGAUUGUUCACACACACACACACUCCUCUGGGUGUUCAAAGAGUCCUGAAGCUGGAAGAGUGAGUCAAACUUUUUCUGAUGACUGAAGCAGGUCUUUGUCACUUUACCUGAUGUGUUCCCAAAAAACGUUUUGUAUUUAUUUUCAACACUUAAUAUGAAUAAAUAUGACCUAAGAAACUAAA